GUUUUGUUUUCGAACCGCGCGAACCAGCACGGGGUUAAAGUGUUUCGCGCGAGUGCUCUUUUGUAUCUCGCUCUCUCGCACGACACGUCCGCGCUGCGGUACGUCCGUGCGGAGGUCGUUUUGGAUCUCCUCAGAACCUCCUGAGACUCGCCUCGGAGCAUUCCGGACAUGAUUCCGGGACAUUUUGUGCUGUUGCUGCGGCUUAUUCGUCUCUGUGUAGUAGACACGGGUCUUUCGUAUUCCGCAUACUGCUAUUAAAUUUAUGCCACGAACGAAAAGUCGGAAUCUACGGAGUAUGCGGAUAUCUGGUCUUUUUUGUAUACAAAACACCGGUGAUUAUUUACAGAUUCAUAUUUGCUUUGGUUUCCGCUGUAAAUGUGCUGUCAGUAUAUUAAUUCGUGCGUGAAAAAUAAAUUUAACGUUCCGCGGUUCUUUCAAUUCUUACAAAGAGAAUCAAAAUUCCGACUAGAGUUUACAUCUGUUUCCACUGGCGUAAGAAUUCAUUAUUAUCUUUCCGCUUGGGCUCCUCCGCUUGCUCCCUCGUUUCGAAUUAUCAACGCUACUAUUUGAUAGACGCAAACACGAAAGAGCUCUCGAUAAGUUGCUGUCGUCGCACGGGGAAGUCUUAAUGAUGUAUUUUUGUUCUCGUUAUCUACUCCCGUGUCUCCACACGUCUUCCGAGAUAAUUACGAUGAACGUUCCAUUGUAUGGCGUUCUCGGAGCUGCAGCGACUUUGCUUGCUUACAUCCUCGGCAUAGGAACAGUCGUGAAAAUCUUCGUCUGUCUGCUUGCAUUAAUUUUAGGGGCAUUGACCUGUAUAUAUAGAACGUACGUUCCGAAUCUCGACGAUGUAAUUGAGUCUGAAAGGGAAGACUUAACUAAGAAGACUGAAAAGUUCCGACAGUAUAUAUUAGAUCUAUCUAAGGAAAGGAUGACAUUUACAUUAGACAGGAGAAUAACUGGUAGUCGUAUCAUUGAUGAAUCCCUGCAAGAAAUCUUGGAUUUUAUUAUCAGAGAUUAUGUGGAGCCGUGGUACACCGUUAUUACGGACGAUGAGGAAUUCAUUUAUUCUGUCCGAGAUACUGCUCAAAAAAUCGCCAUUAAUGUCGCAAAUCGGGUCAAGAGUGUCGAUUGGAUACCCUACUUGACGACGCGACUCGUCGACGAUGCAGCCUCGCAUGUGCGGCUGUAUCGACAAGCGAGCGCAAGAAUGAAGCAAAUACGAUCGACCAGGAUGCAAAAGGGUAGCGCGAGCUCGAGUACGUCGGGCGGCACGCCGAAGAAGACGCCCACGCACCGACGUAACAAGAGCGAGACCGAUGUCUCUUGGUACUCGCAGUCCAAGUUUUACAUACCGAACCUGUCGUCGCUCACCGAGCCGAUCGAGGCCGGCGACGAGAAGGAGGACGAGUCGUUAGAAAAGAUAUUCUUCGAUCUUGAGGUGCAGAUGGAAAGUAAUCUGAUAUGCAGGGACCUGGUGUGCACCAACGACACCCAGGAGCUGGAAUUCUUGGGCGAGAUAUCGGAGAUCUUGCUGUACCUGGUCCUGCCCAAGGCGGACUUCGAUUGUUUGACUGUGAGAUUUAUCUUAAGGGAGUUGUUAGUGAACGUUAUAAUCAGACCGUUGUUGGAUUUGUUCUCUGAUCCUGAUUACAUUAAUCAGGCAUGUAUAUGGCUGUGUACUAAGGAGAGUGGCUUACCAAGUGAUGUCUUUUUAACAGUGAUUAGAAUAACGGAUAACUUAGACGAAUUAAUGGCGACGAAGAGUAUAGUUUCUAAAGAGAUAGCACACCUGCGCUCGAAAGAUUCGGGCGGCGAGGGCGAUCUGUCGGUGAAGCAGCAGUUAAACAGUCUACUCUACGUGAAGAAAAUCCUGGAGACGAGAAUCAUCGGUAUGCAGGAAGGUCUGGAGACAGAGACUGAUGGGAUCGGCGCUCAGCCGGAAUGGAAUAGAUUGCUCAUACCUGGUCAGAAGCUGGUGAACUUGCCGUUGGACGAGCUUCUGAAGAAUAACAUCGCGCUCAGUUACUUCAUCGACUACAUGACUUCCAUCAACGCCGAAGCCUACUUGUUCUUCUAUCUGAACAUCUACGGAUGGCGGGUCUCGGCCGAGCAGCAAAUAUCAGACAUGGAAUUGCAGAAGAUACAGAGCGGUCAGUCCGGCGGAAGUGGUGGAGCCGGCGUUAGGCGUAAGAACGCGGAUUUGGACAAUUUGAAGGAGGCAGCGACGAAGAUCUACCAGCAAUACCUCAGCGACAAAGCGUCGCCGAAGCUGCAGCUGGACGACGCACUGGUGAAGAGUCUGUUGACGAGAAUGAGGACCGAGUCGGUGAAGGAGAUUUGGUUCGACGAGUUACGCAAUUGCUGUUACGAGAAACUGCAGAACGAAGACAGGUUCUUGCCCGGCUUCAAGCGCUCGUUGGCUUACAUCAAACUACUGGCCGAGCUGGACCUGUUGAAGGAUCCAGUGUCUGAGGACGAUACGAAGUCCUUGGACAGUAUAAGUCUGUCCAGCACGAAUAACGAGUUGGAUACUUUGGAGGAGUUGUCGGAGACGUACAAGACGUCCGACGACUCGAGAAUCACGGUCGCAAAGGAAGGUGCUACAAAAUCAAGCUCCGCCUCGAAUUUGGCGAGCAUGGGCGAGGUGAGCGAAGGUAGAGCGUCCGAUGAGGUCGAUGCGGACGUGGGUAGCAGUCUGCGAAGCACAAAGAUCGCAUGCAGAAGCUCCGCCACGGAGAUUGAUCAAUUCGGCGAGAAGAAGGACAUCUCGUUCUAUGUGGAGACGAAUGCCGAGCAAUUCGUCAAGCUGAACGAAAACGAUUACGAUCAGAAUGCGAUCAAGAAGCUGCAGCAGGGUCGCUUCGAGAUCACCGCGACGAUAAUAGAGACCGGCAUUGUGAGCGAUCGCGGGAAAACCUACGGGAUCUAUGCCGUGGCCGUGACGAAGAACUACGAUUCGGGCUACAAGGAGAAGUGGCACAUAUACAGGCGGUACUCUGACUUCUACGACCUACAUCAGAAGAUCAAGGAGAAGUAUUAUGACCUGGCGAAGAUACCGUUCCCCGCGAAGAAGGCGUUCCACAAUAUGGAGCGCACAGUGUUGGAGAGACGAAUGUUGAUGCUGAAUGCUUGGUUGUGCCAAUUGACGAAGCCCACGAUCGUGGAAGGCCACAUGGGCCUGCAAAAUUUGCUGCUGGCUUUCUUGGAGCAAGGGGACUACGACAAAGGAGUCACUGGUGGCCAGAUUUCGAGAACGAUAGACACUUUAAUGAACCCCCUGAAGACUUCGAUGAAAAGCGUCACGCAGGCGGUCAAAACGAUGCCGGACAAUAUGUUGAGCACGGUGGAUGGUGUGAUGGACAAUCUGAGCAAGUUCUUCGGCAAUCCUAAGAAAACGAGUAUUUUUUACGAGAAUACCAAAGUCGGCGCCGGUCUCGACACGGAGACCGACGACAACAUCCCGUUGCGCAUUAUGUUGCUGUUGAUGGACGAAAUCUUCGACUUGAAAGUGCGAAAUCAAUGGCUGCGAAGGCGGAUUAUAACGCUGCUGCGGCAAAUCAUUCGAACGAUGUUUGGAGACAUAGUAAAUAGGAGAAUAGUGGAGUACGUGUCGUUUUUGACUAGCCCGUCGAAGGUCGCGGGAUAUCUGCGUUUGUUCAAGAAUAGCUUCUGGCCGAAUGGUGUGAAGGCCGAGAGUAGGCCACCGCGAGACACGGAGAUGAAGAACAGAACGCGAGUGGCAGCUAAAGUCGCCCUGCUCUCUUGCCUUUCGGACGAGUUGAAACAUAUCAUAGGCAGCGAGACAACGAGGCGCGGGCUGUUGAGAGUGUUUGAGCUCUUUCAGCGACCGGUAUUGAACAGAAGACUGCUGUACGUGCUGCUGGAGGGUGUCGUAGAGACCCUGUUUCCGCAGAACGAUCUAGUGGCAGUUUUCAGAAAACUUUAUUCGGUGUCGCCGAGAGUAAGGAACAAAAGCAAAGGGAAGUCUUGAUGGAAGAAUAGGACGGAAUGAUGUCCGGAUGCGACGGCCGCGAGAAUGGCCGCAUGAUUAGUUUGGGACGAUUCUCGCGGGAAAUUAGAAAUUUUACCGACUCCCGUCGGCGGUCUUGGAAUAAAGAGAUCACGUCACCUCUUGGAAUAGUUUAGAGAAUUACGAUAUUAAGAAAAUACUUUUGCGCAAAGUAUGUCCAACGUAACAGAAACAUCUUUCAAAUAUCUAUGUGUUCGACCCGUUGGGCUCUCACUCGAUUUUAAUCCUUACUCUCUCUCUCUCUCUCUCUCUCUCUCUCUCUCUAGGACAAAAUGUAUUUGUACAAAUUGAUCAGGUGCUAUUUCUUCAACGACGCGACCAAUCACAUAUCUUUCGGCGUCUUUCGUAGAAUCAUGAAUAUUCUCAACGCUAUUAUUUUAGAAGAAAUGUCGCUCAAUUUCUUUGGUCUUUUUUUUAACAAUGUAGCAAUUGUGAUGUCUGACUAGCAGUUGUACUUAACGCAUAUGUGCAAGGUUAAUAGAGACUGCGAACCGACGCGGCCCGUCUCCAUAUAUGGCGAAAAAAAAAUGCAAAGUGCAAGCUUAUUAGUCGCGGGCCUUUUGAUACUCAGUUAGAUACCUAUCGGGAUCUGUCACGAUCAAUCUUGAAAGUCGGCCGUGUUUCAACCGGCCGGUUAGAAUACGCUAGUGGUUCGUUCGAGCUCAAUGGGUCAAUAAGUCCUCAGUCGCUAAACUUAUUGAGAUGUUACUGUGGAUGUCGUCGUUCUCUCAUUCUCUCUCUUCAAACAGUCCUCUGAGCUGCAGUGCGAGGUGCAUACGUGCCGCCAUUGCAACGGACAACCGCCGCCUAGUUUUCAACAAGGAACAAAAAACAAAAGAUCAGAAGAUGCUUUCAUAUCUCGAUUAUUUGUAAUACAUUCAAAGAUGCACACGUUGGAAAAGUUUCGUGCCACCAACAAUUCGCGCCGCUGCCAAACAGAUUUGCGCACGUAGUUUAAAAUACCUAAUAAGUAAGAUGAUACUCUUGUGUUUUUAGGAAAAAUAAAUUCGAUAUCUCAUUGAUGCACUGAAAAACUUAAACUCUCGAAAGAAAAGAGGAGGAAGAAAUAUAGCGAGCCGUGAUUUACCUCGCUUGGAUUCUCACACACACACACUGGAUCUCUCGACAUACAAAUCGUUCUCUCUAAGUAUAAUAACGAGAAGAAUACCUUUCCUCGCUCCCGCCAAAUACAGCUUGUCCCAUUUCCUCGAGAUAAACAACACCAGACAAAAAUCGUUGACCGUGCAGUCAAUCAGAGAAACGCAGAGAGAGAGACGGUGCGGAGCUUUCUCAGCGGUAUGCAGCUACUCGUGAAGUGAUCUAGUGGCCAAAAAGUAUAUACUAUACAGAUCGAAAUUGCCUGCAUCGAGCCUGCAACUCGGGCCGCUACUCCCGUCGGUAUUAACGUAGAAUAACGCAAGAUGCGAACUCUUUGUGAUUACCUCGUAGGAGAAUGCAAUAAGAUCCACGGAGACAUUCCAUUUGCAUUUUAAGCUACACCGGUUAAUUAGGCAAUUAUCCUUUUUACAACUAUUCCUUGAAACACACGCGACACGUAGACACGUAAAAAGAAGGAACACUGUGACAUCACGCAAUCAUACACGUACAUCACGAUUACACAUCACGAUCUACUUAAGUUCCGAGCGAGCGAGCGAGCGAGCGAAACGCCGCGAUCAAUCUCUCUAGGCGUAUAAUUUAUCGCAGACGUUAACUUAAUUUAUACACGUUGGAUAUUACCCUGAAAGUUUAUUUUUGUGCCAUUCGGGUGCGCGAGUAGUGUCUAUAUUUAUUUUUAGUGAGAAACAAGGAAAGAUUAUACCCUUUUUCCAAUAAUUCCGAUGACGCGUUCUCAGCAUCAGAAAUCACAA